AACAAAUAUUUCUAUUAUAAAUGCAAUGUUGACAGGGUAUAUAAGUCCGUAACACAAUUAAUAGGCAUAAUACAAAAUAUCACCAUGGGUAAAUUAACAUUGUUACUUGUAUUAUGUGUAUGCAUAGCCGGGUCGCUGCAAUCGCCGCGCGGUUUCCGCAAUGUUGACCACUUAAUUGAAUACAUAAACAACGCAAACACUACAUGGAAGGCUGGCAAAAACUUUGACGACUCGUAUUCACUGGAGUACGUGAGGGGACUGAUGGGUGUCCGACGCCCGGUGGGGGCACUGGAUUACGUGGAGAGUCCGGCGCCCGUCUACUCAGGCAUAGACAUACCCAAGGAGUUUGACCCGCGAGUACAAUGGCCCGAAUGCAAGUCACUGUCGGAGAUUAGAGAUCAGGGAUCCUGUGGCGGCUGUUGGGCCUUCUCGUCAGUCGAGGCCAUGACUGACCGGUUGUGCAUCGCAUCAAAGGGCAAACAACAGGUGGAGCUGUCGGGCGAGGAUAUGGUGGCCUGUAGUGGGGCCGGCGGUUGCGGCGGUGGUUGGCCCGCAUCGGCCUACGGUUACUAUAUCAGGUCCGGUUUGGUGUCCGGCGGUCUGUACGACUCCCACGAGGGCUGUCAACCCUAUACCAUAGCCUCGUGCGAGCACUACAUCACUGGCCAACGGCCGCCCUGUCAUAAGCACUACGACCCGACACCCAAAUGCCAGCACUCUUGCGUCACCGGCUAUAACGGCACCUAUCAGUCCGAUAAACACUACGGCAGCAAACAGUAUAGCUUUAGUAACAGGAAUCGUGAUGUGCAGGCUGAUAUUAUGACCAAUGGCCCAGUAGUCGCUGUGUUUACCGUUUACGAGGAUUUCUUGCAGUACAAGUCCGGUGUUUAUAAGCACCUGACCGGCGAUGUCGCGGGUCUGCACGCCGUGAAGAUCAUUGGAUGGGGUGUGGAGUCGGGUGUGGACUACUGGCUGGUGGUCAAUUCAUGGAACCCCGAUUGGGGUAAUAAGGGUUACUUCAAAAUCGCCCGUGGUCAUGAUGAGGGUGGUAUUGAGGGUGAUAUUGUAGCUGGUUUGCCCAAGUUGUAAAUUCUUGUUUGCUUUAAUUGUUUCAAGCAAUAAAUUAAAUGUUCAAGUAGACUAAAUAUAAAAUAUUACCAUCAUAAAUAAAUU